AUAUUAUUAUUAAAUCCCUGGCCUUCUGUCUCUUUUCCCUCUUUGUCCUCUGCUAUUUAGAUAUAUCAUACUGUCACAUCAUAUCUCUGUGAAUUUUCUGAGACCCUGGAACAGGCUACAGACUUGCUGAGGAUUUAAGAAUGAUGUUUCUACUUCCAAUUCCUCUUCCAAAGUUCUUGAAGUACUUUGCCCAGGCUUUGUCCUUGGACUGGUCACAAAAGGAAUCUUAUCCAUCAGACACAAACAGACAAGUGGGACAACUGACAUGGCUUGAAAUGUUCAUCAUCUUUACAAAUUUCUGUCAGGAACACACAGGAAUCCCAGCCUGAUUUUCAGACAGUCCGAGGUCACUCGCUGUCACUCCCUUCCCUCGGUGAUAGUAAUCAACCUGAGACUGUCUGAGAAUCAGGCGAACAGGAACCCUUGUGAGAGAAGUUGCCCUGGCUGAGGUGACCUGUGGUUAGAUAUAAAUGCGCUGAGAGUAACAGCAGAAAGUUGUUUUGCAUGUGCUGGCCUUUCCCGUAAUUGCACACUGAUAAGACAACUAACCGAAAAGAAAUGGAACCCACGACCCUCCCCACCCUCCAUUUAUGAAGUGGUCACACAAUGACCGUAACAAACUUGGUAACAAAAUGGUGGACGAUACGAUUGAAGUAAACAGAGGGGAAUCUUACUUAGGAGAUGGAGGCACACUAGACAAGUCAAACGAAUUGUACGAAAGAAACGCCUUGGGAAACAUUGCUUCACAGUUAUAUCCCGGGUAUGGAGAAUUUUUCGCCAUCCCGCGGGAAGCAAACCAUCAAUUCUACGAACUGUUGUCGGCGUUUGUAAAACACAAUCGCGAUAACUUCGAAUACGUUGGAAGUUUACGCAAAAAUGGAGGGAUCUUAACAGCUGGAACCACUGAUUUAUUGCACAUUUUGAGACCGCAUUUGCACAGUAGUUCAAAGAAGAACGUAGAUAGAUACCUUAUUGCACUGAAGCCGCCUUUUACGCGCCGAGUGAACGAGUUUUUGGUUGAUGAAUUUGUGGGACGUCCAGAAGGCAAACUCUUCAGCUGGAUUGAUCUAGGGACAACUCAGAUUGAGUACGUAGACCCUGUUAAACUUUCCGCAAGAAUAAGCAAGUUGAGAGUUGAUCAAGAGUUGCCACGACUUUCUGGAAAAACUUCCAUUUAUGUUGUAUGCAAGGUUUUGUACUCUGAGAGACUUUAUUACUAUCCGUCAAGAGAAUACUCUUCAUCUGUGUGGCUUGGCAAAGACAAAACAUCAUUGGAGAAUCAAAUAAAACUUUGUACAAAGUCUUUGGACAGAUGUUGUAUCAGUUUAGAUACAAGAGAUGCAAGAGCAUUUAGUGUUUGCUGCAUUCCACUGAACAAGGAUGGGACUCUUGGUACACCUAGAUACGAUGUCAAGCUGAUAUCACCAAAUCCCUACAGAACAAAUUACAACCCUGGAACAUUUUAUGCUCAAGAACUGGACUUUGAGUUUGUUGGCUGGUUAACAUCACAAGUGCGAGGGAUGAGAACAAAGCAUUUUUGGCAACCUGCUUUGCGAAAGUUGUUUAGUUUCCCUACCCCAGAUGACAGGAAGGCAGCAUUGCAAUUCUUGUUGAAAACUAUGAAGAAAUUUCAGACAGAAGAGAAGAGUGAGAUUCAACUGGUUGAUUUAUCUUUUGUGAUUUCAAACCCUCCUCCGUGUCUAAUAUCCAGUUCAUCUAUCUUAGCCUCGUUUCUGAGAGGGGCUGGUAUUAUACUGGUACCACCACAAGAAGCAGAUGAUGGUGAUAAAUAUGAGGAACAAAUUGUAUUUCAACCUGAAAACUGCCAAGAAAGUUUGCGGAUUUUAGAAGCACUUUUCACAGUUCUUGUUAAAGGUGUGAUAACAGAGCAACAGGGGAGAAGUGUAUCCCAGCUUCUUGCUACAGAAGUUGUCUGUCUUCAAGAACUGUUUUACACGCAGAUGGGCUGUAUAUGUUCUCCAUGGAAAAGUCUAGAUCCUCGUGAAAUACCUUUGUUGGAGUUGUGGAAAAAUCCAUCACGGACGAGAAGUUAUCUGGAAAGUCUGGGACUCAAGGAAAAUCUCCAAGGAAACCAAAUGGUCGUUAUCUGCCCUGACAACUGCCAGCUUUUGAAUAUUUUGGCGCUAUUCUUUGGAAACAUUGACUGACGCAGCGAAAUGCAAUAAUGCUUGCUUGGAAAUUGUAAUUGCUCACAGCAUAAAUUUCUCUUGGGAGGCAAAUGUGUGCAUCUUUGUUUCCAUACCUACCUUAGAACCGAGGUCAGAACCAGUCCUGUUACAACUUGGAUACGGCUGAUGUUACCUCAUUUUCGGCACAUUUUCAAGACAUUUUAUUUAUUUAAUGUUAGCAUUGAAAACAGAGGCCUAUAUCAUCACCUGGCGAACUUUUUCCCUUCUCUUCUCCACGGAAAUUGUGCAUGUCUAUUUCAGUCUGGUUAUACGCCUCAAGUGAAACAAGAUGCCUUUUUACAUAAUCAAUAUUUGAAUAGCUUUAUUGUUUAAAUUUUUGCGACAAUAAAAGCGACAAUAUAAUUUC